AUGGCCGCCAUAGUCAUGCGCCUCGGAGAGUCGAAAUACCACGACGCUGUUAUUGGACUGAGCACGCUCGCUACUCUCCUCGCCUUGGAACAUCUCCGAAUUCACUUCGCGGACCCGAAAGAGGGCGACUCCGCGGUUGUCAGUCCGCAUAAGAUUGCAUCACUCCAACAACCAUUUCCGCCAUCAGUUUGCCCUCAAUCGCCUUUCUGGACACAGAUAUCGAGGUUGUGGACGAAUGAGUCCGCCGGCAUCGUUGACAUGCUAACGCCGCUUGGAUCCGGAAUCAUCAUCGUGCCAUUUGUAGCGAUUCUUCAGUCGAUUGGGAUUGGCAAGUCGCUCGCCGAGCGUGGCAACUAUCAAGUCAACGCACGAAAUGACUUUUUGACUCUUUUGGAUCGAGUCAACUUGCUUUUCAAAGAAGAGGAGGAAAUCAGCGCAGUCACGCUCGACUUGAGCGGCGUCUACAUGGGCGACUCCUCCGCCGCCCGCUCCAUCGCCAAGAUCGCCAACAAAAUGGAAGAGAAGGAGAUCAAGUUCAGAAUCGUCAACUGCAACGACGUGCUGGCCGAAAUGCUCAAGAAAUUCGAGGUGAAAGUGAACGAGCUGCCACAGUUUCGAGCAAACAGCGCGCAUACUUCCGUAACAGCUUCCAGCAAAUUGCUCGCCGUAAACAGCAAGGCUGCCAGUCUGGCUGGUUCUGCCACCAACAUCCACAUAUCAAAAGAGUAA